AUGGCUUCCCCAAACCACUUCGAGGACAAGCUGGGCUCCGACACCCACUUUGACCACUAUGAUGACCCUCACCGACACAGCCUUGAGGAGCGGGACCACCGACCUUCUCGAAAGUCUUCUUCUCGACGAGGACUGCCUGGCUUUGUGCAGCAGCUGCGAAACGCCGUCAUGGACUCCGAUGAUGAGGCCGUAGAGGAGGAGGACGAGGAGGCUGGAGGCAUUCUGCUCAACCAGCCCGCCCUCGAAAAGGCCACCAUCACCACAACCACCUCUCGACGACGAUCUAUCAUCGCUGAUGACAUUGACGACACUGGCUCCCAGGUGUCCAUGGACCACGACGAUGACGUGUGUCUGCCUGUAGAGGAGGGCUCUGGAGGUAUCGACUUCGAGGAGAUUGAUGACUACGUCCAGCAGCAGCGACGAGGUUCCAAUGCUACUCGAACCGGCACUGCUCUUAACAAAGAGGAGGACUUCUCUACCGACGAGACCGACGCCCGGUUCAACCCUCACGCUGACGACGUGCACCUCAGCAACCUCGAGCCCAUGCGAACUCGAGACUCUGACCGAAGCCGACGACGACGAUCUUCGGUCGGAGGAGCUGGCAUUCCUCAGAUGAGCCGGCCCUCCGUGUUCCAGGACCGGUUCACCUUCUUCACCGCCGACUCUGAGGCCACUCUCCGAGGCCAGUCUAUGAAGUCGCUGCUGGAGCAGGACCCUUCUCGGUCCACCUACAAGGAGCUGUUCGAGGGCAACUCCGACACCUGGUGGCUGGACUGCUACAACCCCACCGAUGGUGAGGUCAAGAUGCUUUCCAAGGCCUUUGGAGUUCACCCCUUGACUUCCGAGGAUAUCCGAACCCAGGAGUCACGAGAGAAGGUGGAGAUUUUCAAGUCCUACUACUUUGUGACCUUCAACACUUACGAGCAGGAUUGGGAGUCUGAGGACUACCUUGACCCUGUCCCUGUGUACAUGCUGGUUUUCAAGGAGGGCAUCAUCACUGUGCACUUUUCUCCCUUCCAGCACUUCGCCAACGUCCGACGACGAAUCCGACAGCUGCGAGAGUAUGUCAACGUGACCCCCGACUGGAUCUGUUAUGCCAUCAUUGAUGACAUCACUGAUUCUUUCGUGCCCGUCUCCCACGAGAUUGAGGUUGAGACUGAGGUAAUUGAGGAGUCCGUAUUUGAUGCUCGAGAUGACGACUUUUCCCUCAUGCUGCGACGAAUUGGAAAGGCCCGAUCCAAGACUCUGACUAUGAUGCGUCUUCUAUCCGGUAAGGCUGAUGUGGUUCGAAUGUUUGCCAAGCGAUGCACCGAGGGCCUUGGUGAAGGUGCCCCUAAGGGACACAUUUCCCUCUACCUGGGCGAUAUUCAGGAUCAUAUUGUCACCAUGUACCAAAACCUGAUUGCCUAUGAGAAGAUUCUGUCUCGAUCCCACACCAACUACCUUGCCCAGCUGCAGGUGCAGUCCGUGGACGCUAACCAUCGAGUCACUGACACUCUUGGAAAGGUCACCGUCGUGGGUACCAUUCUGAUUCCCAUGAACCUGGUGACUGGUCUGUUCGGUAUGAACGUUCGAGUACCUGGCCAGGACGGAACCAACCUCGGCUGGUUCUUUGGUAUUCUGGGCUUCCUGCUGGUGGUUGUGCUUACCGGCACUCUGCUGGCUCGAUGGUGGCUCAAGGCCAUGGCCAAGAAAAUUUCGGGCAACUUCCGAAACGUGGGAGCUCCUUCUGUGCGAACCAUGCGACGGGUCGAGACAAUUCGAACGACUGGUUUCCCUCAGCAUCGGGAGCACAACUCGGAGUUUUCUAUGGUUUGA